AAUAUAAGGGGUGGGAUAGUUUGUUAGAUUUGUUGAAUUGCAGUUUACAUCUCCUCUUAAAGAGAAUAAAUACAAUGUGUUCAGAGAAUAUAUACGUUUGUCAAUAAGUCUAUGGACAAGAUUUAUCUCUAUGGUCUCUUUGUUUUUCCUGUGGUCCAUAUGGAGUGGGGAGCCAUCGUGAAAUCAAGCAACUGUAUGAUCACCGAAGUGGUUUAAAUCAAGAUUUCUUUUUGAAGUUGGUGAUUAGUGAUCGAACUAUGGAAGUGCUUAGUAUUCUAUCUUGGAUUUGCAUAGCAACAACGAUUGGAUUCUUUUGUUCUGGCAUACCCGUCUUCAUACCAAUCAUUAAGAAUGGAUCGACUGGAAACACUCAGUUUCUACCAUUUCUUCUGGGGUUGAUGAAUGGUAUAGCUUGUCUAUGGUAUGGUGUAUUAAAGGCUGACUUCACUAUGAUUGUGGUCAACACUACAGGAGUAGUCUUUCAUAUCUUUUACGUCACAAUCUACCUAUUUUAUACCAAUGAAAAGGAGAGUGCAAAUCAGAAGACUCUAAUUGGAGGUGCAUUCUUGGUCGGUAUCUACGUCUAUUUCAAUCACGUGAUUACAGAGAGAUCGAUGUUAGAGAACCAGCUUGGUCUAACCACCUGUCUAAUGGUUCUUGCGACAAAUAUAUCACCCUUGGCCGAACUAGGGAACGCCAUUAGAAAACGCAAUAGUGAAUCGUUUUCUACUUUUAUGGCGAGCGCCAUGUUUGUCACGUCACUCGCAUGGACAUUAUAUGGAUUGCUUAUAGAAGACAUAUAUGUACAGAUACCCAGUGUUCCUGGGAUGGUUUCCGGUAUUACCCAGCUUGCAUUGCUCGGCAUAUUUCCGUCACGUGGCCCUGAAAAGCGCGCAAAAGCAGAUUAAUGAGUGAAACGUCGAUCGUCUGCGUAUGGAAUUUCAAUUAACCGAGCUUUGCUCCCCAAAAAUAUCCCUAACAGAUUUUAGUCAAAAGCUUGUGUGCAUUUGUGUGUUGAUUUUGUCUUCUGUUGUAAAUCGAAUCUAUUCAUUAUGAAAUCAAUUUGUAUUUUACAGAUGCUUUACAGAAUCCAUUUGAACAACUUUUUGCUUCGAGGUUUGGGUCUUGGCAAGAUUAGUGUUAAAAAUGUAUUCGUAUCGGAUGCAGUCUACCAAUAAUAGUUCAAUACAGUUGACCUUUAAGAAAUGAAUGUGUGUAAACAAUUUCCAAAUACAUUUCUGUGUCAAUUUUCGGUAGGUAUAAUUAUAUUCCGUACCUUCUUUUAAUAUUUUUUCAUCAAGCAUGGCUUUCGACUUUCAGAAGUAUUUUACAUAUCAUCUCCAUGAUCAUAAUCUGUUUCAAAUUAUCUAAUAACUUUUGAAAGCAUUCGAUUAAAUUCCUUGUCUAUUAACUUGGACAUUAAAAACUCCCAUAAUAAAUGUGUCAUGAAAAUUAGCUGGGAAAGGAUAUCAUUAUUUCAUUCGUGUGAUAUUUAUCUAUUAAUUACCAUUUAUUUUAUUGUUUCGUCUUUAAUUGAUUUAAUUUCAAUAUAAUAUUUUUGAUACAAUUUUUUCAAUCACUUUAAAAGUCACAUGGGUUAUAAUUUGAUUAGAGGCACAGUUCCUAUGGUAACCGUUAAAUAAAAUGUUCGACAUAACCUUUCAUGAAACGCACCCAACAUGACGACAAGACAAGAUACCACCUCCGUUUAUCGUGACAGAGAAGAAAGCAACCCGGACGUCUUCUCUUUCUUCUAGUUCUCAUGAUGAGAUACUUAAUCUUGCCAUAUUGUUUUCAUGAUGCCCUUUUCAAAGGUUUUGCAGUUUUUGGUUCGAGACGGCAAUCAAGGGAUUUGCCCGCCCCUCUACCUGUCCAUACUUUGAGCAUUACCAAGAAAUGUUGACACAUGCGCCCUUCCAUUGUCAAAUUUGCUCUUAAUUUACACACCCUCUUUUGCUUUCAAAUUUAUGGAUACUCCACUGUUGACAAGAAGAACAGAUCCAUCCCCCCGGUGGUUCUUCCCUUCUCCAUAAAAAUAACUUUCUCUUGUCUCUUUGUCUUAACGACCGUUUGAUCAUUUUGAUGAUGACUUUUGUUACAUGUAUUUUCAUAUGAACGGAAUUUUAGAAUUUCACAAAGAUGAGAUCACUGGAAUUCAUGCCAAUGUAGUGGGUGACCGCUUCGAAAUAAUGACAUACAACAAUUUUAAAACAAUGAUAUCAUCCUUAAAGUAAUAUCUUUGAGAUUUACUUGAAAUCAACCAUGCCCCAUAAUAAAAGGGGACAAUGACACGAUGAUUAAAUCAAGGAAGGCAUGAGUCAUUAUUGUCAUAACCGCAUUUGUUUUCGGGGGGCGGGGGGAGACGCAUUAAUAUUUUCGAGGAAACUCAAAAGAGAGGAAGCUCUUCAUGGGGGUGCUUUUGCAUUUUCUAAAGUAAAAUUAAAGUAUUUUGUGCAUACGUUUGACAAAUUUCUGAAAAUUUUCAGUCUUUUUUUUUCUUCUUUAAUUUUCAAAAUUUCGGGGGGGGGGGGCAGUUGCAAAGCUGCGUACGGCCAUGAUUGUCAUUUGUAUUCAACUAGUGUUUCUGCUAUCUGAAUGGUAUAUUCUCAUUAUGAUCUGCACGUACACGCUACUUGGCGCGUCUUCCGAUAUUUCACAAUUUUGACAACUAGAUAUUUCCAUUUUCCACUCCACUUUAUCUCCGAUACACCCGUCACUCUAAAAUAAAUCUGUAAUCCCAUAAUCGUUAAUAUCUUAAAUCAAUCUAUGACUACAUUUUCAAUAUCUCUGAUGACUUGCAUGACUGUAUAUAGAAAAGACCACCCCGUGAUUGUAUCAUUAAGUAUUACAUGUCGGCUGUUCGACUAUAAUUGCCCCAUACUUAUUUCCAGUCGAUAUUGGUUAUUUUCAUCUGUAAAUUACAUACUCAUCAAUUACUAAGACGUAGAGCUAACAAAUCCCAGAAAUAAUCAUUAAUGAUUACGACAAAAUUGUUUAGUAAGGUACUCAUUUUGUUCUUGGUUACAAAAAGUCCUUAGAAUGUCCAGUUUUCAGGUUAGAAAUCACUAAUUUUCAGCUCGCGCUUCGCGCUCUCAUUAUUCGAUCGGUGAGAUAUGUAUCCUUUUUAUCAGUCCCUACUGAAACGCAGUCCUUAUCAGUUCCUAGCUUUCUGGUCAGUAUAUUAAAUUCCAGCUCGCGCUUCGCGCUCGCGUCAAUUCUUUAGUUACAUACACAACUUUUAUAUGAUUAAAAAAAGCUUCAGAUUUGAAAAUCUUUCCAAGCCGCUUAAAAAAAUAAAGCCUAAAUAAUCAGAUAUAUCAUCAAUCAGAAAUCACUUCAAAAAGGCUUUGCUCAGCUUAAUUACUACAAAACACACAACUACUUAACGCAGAUGAUGAUCUCAUGGUAAAAAUAUCCGUUUGCACCAAAAUGCAAAAUAUAAGUGCCCUUUUUUGGCUUUGCCCCCCCCCCCAGACGAAAAUACGUUCCGCCGCCCUUGUUCCCAGUGAAUUAUACUCAAAGAGAGUAGUCAGUAUUAGAAUAUGGCUAUGUUGAUGGUCAGUAGAGAUGAUAAGUUUAAUAAUAAUGCAAUGAUAGGAGAAAAGAAAGCAAAAAAAAAAAAAAAUACGCAAACUUUGCGGACGUCAAUAUGCUCACGUACGAAGCCUAAUGGAUAAUGGAUUGUGAUAUCAUUCAAAUCGGAGUAUCACUGCUUGAAUAAAUAAAAGCACUUUAUUUUGAUCACUUAUAACUGCCAAGCCAUCUAAAGCAUAUCAUUAUUCUCUUGACUAUGAAUUGACAGAUAAUCCCAAAUAAUAAAUUUGAUCAUGAAAAAAUUGAAAAUUAUGGGGGGUUUUCUGACUCAAUAAAUACUCAUUUCCUGUCCCCAAAGUAUAUUCAGAUGUAAUUAUAUCUAACAUCUAAGAUCACGUUGUUAGACUGAACUAACGUUCAUGAAGGAUAUUCAAAGAUUGAAAGAUUCAAAAUAUUUAUUUGUAUACGAGUAACACAUAGGCAACUACAAAUACAAUAUACAUAUUGAUACGACAGGGUGAGAAUUAACCACUGUUGCAGGUACAGCUUAUGUUGACUUUUAUUCUUCAAAACCACAUCAAGCUCUUGAAACGGUUUUCCUUUUCAAUCUUUAAAUUCAUUGUAAAUUGUUCUAUAGAUAUUACUCUUUGCAUUUGAAUACAGUAGUAUCUAUACAUACAUUUAGAAUUUUUGUAAUAAUCAUAUGAAAAGCUUUUCAUAAGAAUAAAAUUGAAGGUCAAUCAAUCAUCCAAUAUCAAUUUGAAUUUACAUGUCAAGACGGAUGAAGCAAAGUGCUGGUGGUAUGGCGUCAUGGGGCAAUAAUUCAUAUACUGGAGAUUCGCUUUCAGAAUUCAGAAAAUCAAUAGCAAGACAAGAAUCUACUUAAACAUCUAGACCUGUCAUGAAAUACGCGUCUUGAUGAUUGUCAUGAUAAUCGUUCCCAUGUGAUGAUAAAGUUAAAAGUUGUAUACAGAUAGUAGCUUAAUAUACCCUGUUUUCACCUGUCAAAACUUGUGCCUCCUUUUAUUCUUAAUUACAACGUUUUGUGGUCAUGUUUGGUGUAAUGUUCUAUGUUUUGGUUUAGCCAAAUUCCCGGGCCAAAUUCACUUUGCAUCGAAUUUCAUCAAUCUGUCUGGUUUUGCUUGAUGUCUGAAAUUUGUGAAAGGAUACCUUAUAAAUAUGAAUGAAUUAAUGAUAAGGUCAUUUGUUACAGGGAGAAAUAUAGUUCUCAUUUAUUGGAAACGUUCAAUCGGAGCUUUUCCCGAAAAGCGAUCGAGUCUAGUUCUCUGAAAAUUUAUGUACGGAUGGGAAUCACGUUUUCAAGUGAAGCGAGUCGUGCUCUCAUUAGGAUGAUUGCCUUUUCAACCCAUUCUUUUAUCGGUCAAUAAUUCCAAUGAUGUGGGGUGAGGUUUUCAGAUGUGGCUGGGUUUUUCAAAACAGUAAAGAAAACUUUAAAAAACAUCGUAUCCUAACCCCUAAUCUAUACCACCUUUCCUUUAUUGAUUUUUGUAAUAUAUUAUUAUGACGUCAAGGUUUAUGUACCCUGGUCUUGGACUGGAGUAAAUAUGAGCCACCUCCUCUCGGUCCUGUGUUCUUUAUAUUCAUAUUUAAAAACUAGAAAUAUAUUAUCAUCAUUGUAAUUAAGAUGGAAAUUUCAUUUCACUCCUUUUGAAUUUUCAACAUACAAUUCCGUGAUGAUAAAAAAGCGAAUCAAUGUUUAAUAACUAUCAUGACUAUAAACAUAAAAACAAAUGACAAUCUCGAUUCAAAAGGAAGUCACGAAAGUAGAAUACUGUUACACAACACAAACUGAUCGAAGAAUUACAUUUUUCAACAUAAUAUGAUUAAUUUAAUGUAUGAUUAUAUAAGAAUAAAUAAAGGGGAAAAAUAAAAAGACCAACGAAGAAGCAAAGCUUGUUGAGACGCUGAUCCCUAGAAAGAUGAAUUAGGAAAGCUGUUAGUUUUAAUGCAAAAGUUCAUACAAAAUAUAGGAAAAUGAUUACAAGCCUGGAAUUGGGAAAUGAUGGAAAUAGAUGUCCAUAAUCAAUAUUGCAAAAACAAGUGGGGGAUUGACGGAGAAUAGAAUAAAUAGACACAAGAAUCAGAAAUCGGAGAAGCGAAACAAAGGACGAAGUGAAAGAUGUGAGUGGGGUGGAUAGGAAUGGGAAAGUAAGGAUUAUUCUGGUAAUUUAUUACUACGAUUACUUUCAUUCUAUACACGUAUUAUAUACUUGCAUUUUCACACGAAGGUGCAAAAGGUUUGAAGGGUUUGAUUUAAUGCGGAUUUGUCAUAUUCAGAGAAAAGGAAGAUCCAAAAUGUUGGAGCACUACAUUCUAAUAUGUGCGAGUGCUCUGUUGAAUUCUUGGCAAAUGAACAAAUUAAUCUGUCAUGUGGGUGUUGGAUCACCCUAUACUACUUUUGAUUUGAUUUGUUGAAAGUCUCAUCAAAAUCGAGGAGAAAUUAGAAAGUUAUUACACAUUGAAAAUUUGCGUAAUUUCACAAAACAGUAAUGUUGUUUGUCGAUAUGUAAAUAACAUGAAUAAGAUUUGAUGUCACUCAGUGACUCACUACUUUCCAAUUGAUUUGAAAUAUUGAAUAUCUUACAAUGUUUUCAAUUAUAAUGAGAUUCAAGGUUUAAAUCCUGCCUGAACAUGAAGGAUUGUCAUUGAUUGCAAUUUAUCAAAGAGUUUCAUUAUUAGCAAAUUUGUUAGAAAAAUUGAAAUAUUCUUGAAAUGAUAUUUAAAAAAAAAUAAUAACGAGUGUUUGACAUCAGCGACUCUCUCAUUUGCAUAUCAAAUUUCGAACGUAUAAUAUUUCGUGAAAUAAAGCAAAUAUUUAUAUAUCAUUU